GAAGAAGAAGAAGCUUUAGGAGACGCUUCUCUUCUCUGUGGGCUGAAUAUGUGAGAGUCUGCAGUGAGAAUGUCUUCAGUUCAGCCUCAGAGGGAGUUUAUCAAGGAGCAGCUAACCCCUGCUGAGGAAACACUCGGAGAUUUUGAAGAAGUCAUCGUGAAAUCAGAGGAAGAGCUCGAUGAUCAGCCCUGUCUGCUGGAUUUCACCCGAAGAGACCUCCACCAGCAUGACGUUUGGAAGGAGGAGGCUCUCGCUGACACCCAGCUCUCUACCCACGAGAGGAACCCCAGUUCGGAAGAGGAGGAACCAGAAUCUCAGCAGAUGAAAGAGGAGCAGGUUGAAUCAGGAGAUCUGUGGAUAAAAGAGGAAGAGACAGACCUCCUCAUCUGUCAAGAAGAAGAGCAGCUUAUGCUGAAGGAAGAGUCUGAUCAUUUUAUGGUGACAGCUACUGAUGGUGAAAGCCCUGAACCAGAACCAAACUGGUACCAAUUCGUCUCUCAGGAGUUUCCUGAAAGUGAUAACCAGGAUCGGGAAGGAAGCAGUUCGGAAGACUCUGGGUCUAAGAGUGAUGAAGAGCAAUCGCUAAAUGAGCUGGAUCAGAAAGCCAGACAGCAUAAUCAGUAUUCUGAGAGCUCACAGCAAGAAGGGCACAGUGCUCACAAAGAUAAGAAACAAUACUCUUGUAAAAUAUGUGAUAAAAGCUUUUCUCAAAAUAGCAACUUAAUUAUACACAUUAGAAGUCACACUGGGGAGAGGCCUUUUUCGUGUAACACGUGUGGCAAAGGUUUUACUACAAAAUCUAAUUUAACCCUCCACUUGAGAACGCACACUGGUGAGAAACCUUUUCCUUGUGUGACCUGUGGAAAGAGCUUCAGUCUAAAAUGUAUUUUAACCGAGCACAUUAGAACUCACACAGGCGAGAAGCCUUUUCCUUGUCUUGCCUGUGAGAAACGUUUCCCCUCCAAAAACCAUUUGAAUAAGCAUUUGAGAAUUCACACAGGUGAGAGGCCUUUCUCCUGUUUGACCUGUGGAAAAAGCUUCAGUCUGAAAUGUAAUUUAACGGAGCACAUGAGAACCCAUACAGGUGAGAAACCUUUUCAGUGUUUGGCCUGUGAAAAAAGUUUCAACUCUAAAAAUCAUCUAAAUAAGCACCUGCGAAUCCACACUGGUGAGAGGCCUUUCUCGUGCAUGAUCUGCGGCAAAGGGUUUGCCCAGAAAAGCUGUUUAACGGACCACAUGAGAACUCACACGGGGGAGAAGCCUUUUCUUUGUGACAUGUGUGAAAAAGCCUUCAGCCUAAGAAGCAGCCUGAAUAACCAUAUGAGGACUCACACAGGGGAAAAGCCUUUUUCGUGUGAUACUUGUGAAAGAACGUUCAGUUUAAAGAGCCGUUUGAAUAGACACAUGAGGUCUCAUACAGGUGAGAAACCUUUCACCUGUAAUGCAUGUACAAAAACAUACAGCCUAAAAAGUAGCUUGACUAAACACAUGAAGACUCACAUAGGCUAGAAGGAUUUCUGCUCUGGAAUGUAGAAAACAUGCUGGCAACUCUUGAAAUUAAAAUUUACCCAAGUUUAA